CGCUUAUUUACUAUUAGAGAACAAACACACUAACACAUAAGUACGUGUGCUGUAUUGAAGAAUAGGCGCCUGCACAAUAUACUCGUGCAUAUAUAUUCUACAUUCGUUUACAACCACCAAAUUCGUUCGCUUAGACAUUCAAUAUGCCGGCAGUAGAGAAGAAACCCAUGUGGGGAGACUUGGAGGGCGACGAUGACGAAGAUUCAGGUUUGCCCCCUACAGAGACCAAGGGCCCAAAUAAAGACGGGAUUAAAACCGUAAUAGAGUACAGAUGGAAUGAUGACUUCCACCCACCUAAGAAGGAGAAGGUUACCAAAACCUACAGGGUUGAAGUGCAGAAGCGCAAACUGAACAAAGCCGAGCAGGAGCGAGCGGGAUGGGCCAGGUUUGGAGAUGCCAAAGGAGCUCCCAAGGGACCGCAAUCGGAUACAACCUCAGUGUCUGAUGAUGUAUAUCUCACACUCACAUCAAGCAGUAAAGAUCUGGACAAGCCUGAAGAGGACGAUCCUCUCAAGAAGAUGACGUCGUCAAAGAUUGUUUCUUGCCGUAUAUGCCAAGGUGCCCAUUUCUCAGCCAGAUGUCCAUACAAAGACACCAUCUCCAUGCCAGAGGAGCCCGAACCCGAACCCGAGCCUGAGCGUCGCACUGGUGCGUAUGUACCUCCCAGUAUGCGUGGCGGUGCUAGUGCAUCUGCCUCAGCUGGUUCAAGGAUGGGAGGCCGCGAUGACGAUACGACUACCGUGCGUGUGACGAAUCUGUCUGAGGAUACACGGGAGAGUGACUUACAGGAGCUGUUCCGACCGUUCGGAAUGAUUACGCGUAUAUUUUUGGCCAAGGACAAGAUCACUGGUCUAUCCAAGGGCUUCGCGUUCAUCAACUAUGUGCGAAAGGAUGAUGCGCAAAAUGCGAUCGACAAGCUGUGCGGCUAUGGUUAUGAUCACUUGAUUCUGAACGUCGAAUGGGCCAGACCUGCCGUAUCUGCCGAUUAAGUGCAGCAAUCUAGUAUUAAAAUCAAACAUGUGGAAUAGACAAGCGGGCAACUACAUGUUUCCUUCUCUUUUGGUGAAAAAAAAACAGCUGAAUUGAGUAUAGAAUUUGGAUAGAACCAAUUCUCGGAAUAUAUUAGUUACAUAUUAAAAUCUGGUCAACUUG